AAACUGAUGUAAAUAUAAACAAAUCUAAAGCUGUCCAACACAGCAUUGCAUCAUUUUUUCUUAGCAAUUAAUCAAGUCUUGCCGCUUUUGAAAAUUAUUUUAUGAAUUGAAAAUAUGGACAAUAAUAGUGCUGUUCAGGAUUUCAAAAGUAUUCUAGAUAAUGAACCUAAUGUGUCACCUGCAGUUGCUGCUUUACGUGUGCUACUAGAUUUCAUGGUUAAAGACACAUCUGAAACUCUACAAGGCUUAGAAAAAAACAUAAAAUCUCUUGUUGAGGCAUUAAAUAAGGUAGAUUGUUCCGUUACAUCAGUUAAAUCAGCCUGUGAACUUUUCAUGCGAUUUAUUACACUUACAUCCUUGGAUCAUAGUGAUUUUGAGGAGUGCAAAAAAGUUUUAUCUCAAAGAGGAACUGUUUUUCUAAAUAGGCUUUCAAAUGCUAGACAUAAGAUAGCAAAAGCUGGCCAAUCUUUCAUUGUUGACGAUAUAAAUAUACUAAUACAUUCCCAUUCAAGAGUGGUCUAUGAAACUUUAAUUGCUGCAUUUAAUGCAAGGAAAAGAUUUCAUGUCUAUGUAACAGAAUCAGCACCAGAUUUUUCUGGUAAAAUGAUGUUUGACAAACUAGAGAAAGCAGGAUUGUCAUGUACGUUAAUUCUUGAUGCUGCUGUCAGCUAUGUUUUAGAAAAAGUUGACUUAGUUUUCCUUGGAGCUGAGGGAAUUGUGGAAAGUGGAGGAAUAAUAAAUAAAAUAGGUACUUAUAACAUAGCAAUUUGUGCAAAGGAACUGAACAAGCCUGUUUAUGUUUUAGCUGAAAGUUUUAAAUUCUUACGCUUGUAUCCUCUGAAUCAAAGGGAUUUACCCAAUGAAUUAAAACAUUUAUCGGCUAAAGUAAAUUCAAAGGAGCAUCCACUCGUUGAUUACACACCACCAGCCUACAUCACAUUAUUAUUUUCAGAUUUAGGCAUACUUACACCGUCUGUUGUAAGUGAUGAACUAAUUAAAUUGUACAUGUGAUGCUG